AUGAGGGAUGUGUUAUACAAAGCUCAUUCAAGAUCUGUUGGUUUCAGUGUCAGAAAAUCAACAAAGAGAAGAGAUACCAAUGAUAAAUUGUAUGAGUUUUAUUUUAGAUGUUCUAAGGAAGGACAUACAAAGGGUAAAAUGAAGAUAGCAGGUGAACAAAAUUAUGUGGAAAUACCUAUAUUGGGUAAAACUGAUGCAAAAAAGAGAAAAGAUAGGGAGGUAAAUGAGACAAGAACUGGAUGCAAAGCCCAUAUUUGUUUCAAGAAAAACAAAGAAGGAAAUUUCGAAGCUGUUACACAUGAGUUGGAGCAUAAUCAUGAAUUGGUUAUAGCAGUUCAACGAUAUCAUCUAAGAUCAGAAAGGCAAAUAUCAGCUCCAAUGGGUGAACUAAUUGAGAGCAUGAUUGAGAGUGGUAUUAAACCAAUGGAUGCUUAUAAUUAUAUAAGCAAUGAAGCUGGAGGAGAAGAAUGUGUAGGUCAUACUAAGAGAGAUCACCUUAAUUAUGUAUCAAGGGUGAAAAUGAGUAUGGUUGAAGGUGGAGACAUGCAAAAUGUAUUAGACACCCUUCAAGAAAGAGCAGAUCAAGAUCCCUCAUUCUUUUAUAGAUUGAAAUUUGGAGAAGAAAAUAAUGUUGUGAGCUAUUUUUGGCGUGACUCCCAAAUGCUUGAAGAUUUCAAAGCUUAUGGUGAUGUUUUAAUCUUCGAUACAACAUACAGAACAAACAAAUAUGGGUCGAUAUGUGCUCCAUUUGUUGGUAUAAAAAAUCACUGGAAAACAACAAUGUUUGGAUGUGCAUUCAUCACUGAUGAAAAGACUGAUACAUUUGUUUGGCUGCUUUCAAUCUUCAAAAAUUCAAUGUGUGGAAUUGAACCAAAAUCAAUCUUCACUGAUCAAGAUCUUGCAAUGAGCAACGCCAUACCGGAGCACCUAACUACUGUAGUUGUCAACGUCUUUGUCAUGAAAAUCCUGAAUGCCCUUAUAGUGAGUUUUUUUGUGCGUGCUCCUGAUGAUUUUAGAGUCUUUCCAUAUACAUAUGAUCAUAUUCGGAAACGAUUAGUUGCUAAUGAAAGUUAUUGGAAGGCUCUUGAUGAAAAAGUCUAUGGGCACUAUAAUAAUAUGAAUGGAUAA